AAUCUCUCCAACACUCUCUGUUCCCCAGGGGAGACGUGGAACCCGUUCAAGCUGCAGUUCCAGCUGCGCAACGUGCGGGAGCGUUUGGCCAAGGCCCUGGUGGAGAAGGGGAUCCUGAGCACGGAGAAACAAAACUUCCUCCUGUUCGACAUGACCACCCACCCCCUGAGCAACGGCGCCGAGAAGCUGCGGCUGCAGCGGCGGCUGCAGGACAGUGUCCUGGAGCGCUGGGCCCGCGACCCGCGGCGCCUGGAGCCCCGAACCCUCGCCCUGCUCGUGCUCGCCCACUCCUCCGACGUCCUGGAGGGCGUCUUCGGGGGCCUGGCCGACGACAGGUACGAGCUGGCCAUGGCCAGGGCCAGGGACCUGCUGGACACUGACCCCGAGCUCGAGGCGGCCAAGGCUCGGGGGGGCUCGGAGAUGAUCUGGGCCGUGCUGGCCGCCUUCAACAAGGGCUAAGGAUGCUGUU